GCUGAGUCAAUAGCUGCCGGACAAAGAGUGACGCCCAGAGCCGGAGUCAUGGCGGCAACAGAGGAGAUCUUGGCGGCCAUUGGGGCGUCUGGGAGCCCCGCAGCGCCGCCGGAGAAACAGGAUGGAGCCGGCCCGAGCUCGUACCCGGGACGUAGCUCUGCAGGUUCCUUUUCGAUUCCAGGGGCCUCACCGCCCGUCCCUGAACCCACUAGCCCCAAUGCCGCCGUCCCCGAUGCCAUCCCUACACCUCCCGUGGCAGCUUCCGCGCCCCUGGCCGAUGCCGCUCCGCGCUCCCUACCGGGCCCUGGAUACUCCCGACCCGGCCCGGAGACGUUCCGCCAGCGCUUCCGGCAGUUCCGAUACCAGGACGCGGCAGGCCCGCGGGAGGCAUUCCGGCAGCUGCGGGAGCUUUCUCGUCAGUGGCUGCGGCCCGAUAUCCGCACCAAGGAGCAGAUUGUGGAGAUGCUGGUGCAGGAGCAGCUGCUCGCCAUCCUGCCCGAGGCAGCGCGGGCCCGCCGGCGGGGCCGCCGCACCGAUGUGCGCAUCACGGGCUGA